AUGGCCAUGAUGACCGAGAAGCAAAUCGGAGAUCUUCUGAAACAGCGGCCAUUAGAGCUGCGCUUUGGAGAGAUUCUACGGGAAAUCCUGUUGCAAGUCCUGAGCGAGGUGCAGGUGAAGGAUGUUGAGCUUGUGUGCACCUCGCUGCGCCCAAUCAGCAUCUUCGACCUUGCGCCAGCUGUGUUGGAAGAUCGAAAUUCAGUGGCCUUCGCCUUCAAGGUGUCGGCUUCCGAUCCCAACGACCUCGAGCCAGUGCGCGAGAUGCUGCUCCUCGAGGCGGAGUCCGGUGGGGCGCGCCACCUCCUACCACUUCUGGUGCAGAAGCUCUACGACGAAGACCUCCUGACGCCACACCUGAAGGUGCGCAUGGAGGUAGGAGAAGAUCCCUGA